CUAAAAUAUGUAACGGAAGCCCAUAUCAGAAACCUGGAGAACAGGGCAGAAAUAUUCCUUCCCAAUCAGAUCUCUCUCUGUUCGCAGCGCAAUGGCCAAUUCUUGUGCACCCAACUCACUCAGAAAACAAAUCACCCACGUCAUUUUCGACAUGGACGGUCUCUUGCUCGACACGGAGAAAUUCUACACUGAGGUUCAGGAAAAGAUACUAGCCAGAUACAACAAAACAUUCGAUUGGAGCCUCAAGGCCAAGAUGAUGGGAAGGAAAGCAAUAGAAGCUGCUAGGGUCUUCGUUGAAGAGAGUGGAAUUAGCGAUUCUCUUAGCGCCGAGCAGUUUUUGGUUGAAAGAGAGGAGAUGCUUCAGGAAUUGUUCCCAACAAGUGAGCUCAUGCCAGGUGCUGAUCGUUUACUCAGACAUUUACAUGCAAAAGGUGUUCCAAUUGCCUUGGCAACUGGUUCUCACAAGCGACACUUUGAAUUGAAAACUCAAAGACAUGGUGAACUCUUUGCUUUGAUGCAUCAUGUUGUUCUUGGUGAUGACCCUGAAGUUAAACAAGGCAAACCAUCUCCAGAUGUAUUUCUUGCAGCAGCCAAGAGAUUUGAGGGUGGACCGGCAGAUCCUUCUAACGUUCUUGUUUUUGAAGAUGCACCUUCAGGAGUUCUUGCAGCUAAAAAUGCUGGGAUGUUUGUUGUUAUGGUUCCGGAUCCAAGACUGGACAAGUCUUUUCAUGAUACAGCAGAUCUAGUCUUAAACUCAUUGAUGGAUUUCAACCCUAGUGAAUGGGGUUUACCACCCUUCUAAGAUAAUGGAAGCUUAAGUUAAACCUCCAGAUGCCGUACAGUUUCCACUGCGGUCAGAAAAAAGCUGGCACCACUGAUGUACAACUAUAUUUAUGACUCAUUAAUCCAUUUCCAUAGAAUGUCAGUUUCUGUCUUUUUUUUUUUUUUGCUGCAUUGUCAGCUAUUACAUUGUUUGACGUUCAUAUUCUGUGUUCUUGAUAAUACUGCUACUAAUAAUGUUGCCAUCACCUUUCACCAAUACGGCUUUAGAUUUGGGACCAUGGUCUAUGUA